AUAUGAUAAUGUUGGUAGAAGGUAUAUUCAAUUGGCACUUCUGCAGUGUUUAGUGUUUGAGACGGGCGGGCCGCGGUUCGCGCCGCCAUUCUGGAUAUUUUGACGGGAAGGUCGGUCACGUGACACGACGGCGGGCGCGGGGUGCGGGGCGCCGGCUAGACUCUCCAGUAGCCGAGCCAUCCGUCUGCUGCUUUGACUGCGACCAGUCGCCGGAAUCCACGCCCCGGCCUCAGCCGCUCGGAUCUAUUACGUACUACCCAGUUCGCAUGUAUCCAGUUCGUUCCAACUGGAAAACGGCUGCAGUUCACAAAUUGGAAUCCAACAGUGUCAGCUCAGUGAAUAUUCGGGGAAAAAUAGUGAUGGUUCAGUGACAAAAAGUGGUUUAUUUGUGUAUUUUUGCAAAGUGGUCGUGCGGCGACGGGGCGGAGACGCCGCAAACGGGCGGCGAGCGCUCGGCCCGGCCGUCGCGACGGCUCGGCAGUUCGGCAGACAUGUUUCGAUCGCGGCCGGAGCGCGUCGCGCGUGCCGGCGCGUAGUUCGCUCGGGACAUGCGCCCCUCGAGCUCCCAAGUCGGUGGGGGUGAGCGACCAUGGAUGUAGUGACGUCCCAUAUCAACUCCGUGCUGAAGACCUACCAGGCGAGCGCGCCGCGCAGCCUGCAAGGGCCCGGAUGCGGGCGAGCCGAGCCAUGUAGCGAGGCGCCUCCGCCGCCGCCGCCGCCCGCCGCGCCGCCGAUCCUGCUCGCGCCGGACACCGUGCUGGGCGAGCGCGGCGAGACCCUGCUCGAGGGCGAGCCCAUCUCGUGCUUCAGCGUCGGCGGCGAGCGGCGGCUGUGCCUGCCCCAGAUCCUGACCUCGGUGCUGACGGACUUCAGCUUGGAACAGAUCAACCGUGUGUGCGACGAACUGCAAAUAUAUUGUUCGCGAUGCACGCCGGAGCAGCUCCACGAAUUGAAGUCGACGGGGGUGCUGCCGCGCUCGGCGCCGUCGUGUGGGCUCAUCACGCAGACUGACGCGGAGCGGCUGUGCUCCUCGCUGCUGCACGGCCCGGCGGCGUCGAGCCCGCACAAGCUGCCCGGGUUCCGAGUGUACCAUGAGUGUUUCGGUGGCGGGCGGGGUGUGUGCGCCCCGGAUUUGAACUUAGUGCAGUGUUUGAUAUGCCGGUCAUUGUACACGCCGAGGCGGUUUGUGUGCCACUCGCACGAGCCGGAGAACCGGACCUGCCACUGGGGGUUCGACUCGUCGCGAUGGCGACGGUUCCUGCUGGUGGCAGACGAGGAGAAGGAGAAGGAGAAAUGCGUGGCCCUGCUGGACGAGUUAGCGGCGCGGGAGUCGCCGACAGCGGCGCCAGUUCCAGUCAAGCAGCAGGCGCCUUUGAAACGUAAACAGGUGGUGGAGACGGUGACAUGCAAGCCGGAGCCGCCGGACUCGCCGCCGAAGAAGGCGCGCGGGGAGGACUACGGCUACGCGUUGUAUCUGGACCACUACGCGCACCUGCAGUACCGGUCCAUAUCGGCGUUCCGGCCGUGGGGCAAGCGCGAGCCGGCGCUGCAGAACCCCGAGCGGGUGGUGCGGGUGGCGCACUGCACCAGCUUCGAGCGCGACUACCAGCCCAACGUGGCGCUGAAGCCGCUCACGCCGCCGGUGGAUGACGUCACGUCGUCCACGUCGCCGCCGCCCACCGAGCCGGAGCUGGCGGCACGGCUGUUGGACGCCGACGCGCGGCUGGCGGAGCGCGCGCGGCAGCUGGACGAGCGCGAGGCGGCGUUAGCGCGGCGCGAGGCGAUGCUGGACGAGCGCGAGGCGGCGCUGGCUCGGCGCGAGCGCGCCUCGUCGCCCGCGCCGCCCGCGCCCGCUCUCAAACAGGAGGACGGCGAGCCGCCCUGUUGACCGACGCGGGUCAUCACCCGCCUGCGACCGCUCGCCAUGAACGCUCAGUGACAUUGCGUGUUCAGAGUACAAAGUUUCGAGGUGCCGACCGCGAGCCGGCACCGUGUAAAUAAUCUUCAGAUUUUACUUUCUCAAUAUUUGGGAUGCUGCUCGUCUAUGAAAUUCGUAUUGAGAACUCUACUAUUUAUACUCUUGUACUGUGCGUUGUGGAUAAUUUAUGUGAUGAACCCGUCUCGGUGCCGACGUACAUAAAUUAUUCAGUCCGAUUUGCCACAAAUAUACAGUAGCUAGAACAGAAACAAUAGAUGUUGUACAUAAUCAUAUCAAUCAAGUACAGUUUUAUGAAAGUAUCGUUUUGUACAUUUUACAGUGUUGUAGUCUCUUGCGCGUGCCAUUCUGGAGGUACCUCUGUUACCUUUCAUGUAACCUCAGUCUGUGCUUUUCAAUACUUAACAAAAUACUCACAAUAAUAUACAUAGUGAAAUAGUUAUACAAUUACAUAAGCAUAAUUUAUACAGGGUUAUUCUUAGGUUUUUAUUUUGCGAAAUGUACAUACAGAUAAGCAUCCCUAUGUAUUAAGUUUACUACUUCAGUUUCCACCGUAUACUCAACAUACACAUCAAAAGUACAGUGACCGCGUCAUUAUGAAUUAUAUUAGUUUAUUUUUAAGCUAAAUAACUCUGUAUAAACCUCAACCAUACCAAAAAUAAUGAAAUAUUUAGUGAUUUCACACGUGAAUUCAAUACAAUAUGUCUUGUCUCAAUCAACGUUACUAUUUAGGAGAUUGUAGAAAAACGCAAUUUUUCUCACUACUUCUGACUUUACGGCACUUUUAAUGAUACCCAUUUUGUGAGGGUAUUAUUUAAUUUUAGUUGUGCCUAAAUAAGUUCAUAAGUGUAAUAACGCUUACAGCUGUCUUACAUUGAAUAUUAUUUACAAUUCGCGUAUUUAGAAUGGGACUGUAAAUGUUAACUUACCCUCGCUCGCACACUGUGCCGUGUGAGCGGUGACCCUAAACGCUAAAGUUUUUCAUCCCAUUAUUUAUGUAUUUUCGCAGGUUAUACAAAAAUGAUACUAUUACAUGCGAGACAGCUGAUACUUUAAUAUAUUUAACAGUAAAUUCUAUUGUCCUGGCUGACAAAUUAAAAAUAAGGGAAUUAUCCCAAACUCUACCUCAUUGUAAAUAAAAAUUUUGGCUAAAAUUAAGAAAAUUCUUGUUAAGCUGAUGUUAAUUUUAGAAUUCGAUUUUGAUUGAGCCUAUACUGAAGCAAUAAUUUCUAUUAUGUGAAAAAAAUAUUAAACUCACUGCCUGAUGUUGUAAAUUUCCUAACGUUAAUGUAGAAGAUGAAUAGGAUGAAAGUUAGGUAGGAAACUUCUGCUUCCACGAUACCAAGUCUCCGUAUCUACCGCCUUUUAAUGGCAACUUUGCCAUAUUUUAUCGAAAUCCUAUUCAUACUUCGGAAUAUUUUAGGUAUCAGUGCUAUUUUAACCAACGUACAUCUUGUAAUUAUGUAUACUGCCUUCUGCUUGCUUGAUCAGUUUUAGUAUUCUCAGCAAGCUAAUGAUAUUGACAAAUAUUUGCAGCUUAAUAAAUACGAGUAUUUAGCCUUUCAGAAUAGGAUAUUGUAAUGAAUUAUUCCUUUUUGAUUUCCAACAGUAAACUUUAUUACUUUAAUUUUUCGUCACAAUAAAAACUUGCCAUGCAUUUUAGAAUAUUAUUAUGCUACAUAUAAUCGCAACAUUGAAACGAGUUUAUCCAAAAAAUAAAACAUCAACCUGAAAUGAAGUCACCUGAUAAUUUCUAUUCCUGCAUCGUGUCAGAAGUACCGCCAAUGCGGUGUAGCCUUUGCCAGUAACUGUGCAUUUUUUUAUUGCAUAUUUUUUGUGACUGAGCAAGAUUCUUUUUUUAUUAAGCGUAGCGUGUCGACAGACACAAAAUGCGAAUGGCGACAUUCGACGUGAUUUCGUGUGAUUCUCAUAGCAGUCUAUGAUUAGAAGCCAUCUGUUGUGUUAGUACCAAUCUACUUUAGGUAUAAUCAUGGUGAGCAUAUUGUAAUAAAUUAGAAUUGGUGCUAGCACCAGUGUUUUACCGAUACAUUAAGGCUUAUUUUACUGAAGCUAGGCAGAAUGAAGCCAUCUCGAAAUUUCCAGAAUGCAGCAUGUUGUACUUUUAUGCGAUAAGCUGUAAUGUAUCGUUAAAAUUCUGAGGCCCAAGGAAGUAGUUAACCGACUCGGUAGUCAGGGCGUGUAGAGCGCAAUAAAAUUGUGAAGCGAUUGUGAAAUUUAAUUUCACAGAAUGUGUGACUGUUAAUCUUUUGGCCAAGCUCAAAUUGUUUAAAGAAUAUAAUUUAUUUCUUUUAUGAUGAUUUUCCUUUCAAAGAGUGCUAUGUUACAUUAGUUAGGUAGUUGUUAUAAGUUCAGUUCUAGGUUAGGUUAUAUCUCUAGUCAGAGACUUUUUGAGAAAAUAAAUUACCAUUUACUUAUUAAUAUAUUAUUCAAAUAGGUACCUACUGUAAGCGAGUGUAAUAAGAAUAACUUAUUGUUUAAAUAAUUAAAUAAUGUAGCGUAGGUAAUUAGAAAUGGACUGUAUGUCUUAUACACAUUAAGUUAUUUUAAAAUUCUGAAACUUUUCUAUCAAUGCUUUGUUAAUACGUAUUUUGGUGCUAUGAUAUUUUUGGCUUGGCUAACUUAGUGUUAAAUUGUAUAAAAGUUAAUAUUUUUAGUAUUGGCAAUUAUUUUUGGUUUUUAAAGAUGUUUUAUCAUUUUAUUGUUUGGAGUUAUUAUAAAUGACUUAUUUUAGUUUGCAUCAAAAUUAGUGGCUUGGCCAUUUUGAAACUAAAAUAAUGCUUUAAUUAUUAGCGUAGGCUGUAUAUUAUUGUUGCGUUGGUAGAAAAGUUUCCAGAAGGAUGUCGUCUCUCACUGUCUUCAUUCAAAUAAAAUAUGAAAUGGUGCUAAAUAAAUACCUGACAAAUGA